AUGACUUACAAACGGUGUAGAACUACAAUAGUGGUAUCAAAAGUUUGUAUUAAGCUAGAAGUACAGGAGAAGCGCUUAGUAAACGAAACCCAAGAUCUUACCAGAAACGUGCUUUCUUCUGGCCUCUUCGUGGUCCAUGAUACCAGCAGAGGUGGUCAAGAUAACGUAACCGAAUUGUCUGGCUGGCAACAAGUUGUCAGUCCAUCUCUCGAUGUCGCCAAUCUUGACGUUGAAUCUUGGGGAGAUGACACCACACUUGUUCAAUCUACCGGUCAAUUGAACAACAAUCUUACCGGAUCUGUGGUCAUCGAUGUAUUCGAACUCACCGAUGUAGCCGUGCUUUUGCAUAACUUGCAAGAACUUGAUGAUGACCUUGGAGGAUGGUCUGAUCAAGACUUGACGCUUACCGGUCUUUUCAGCGUUGUUGAUGGCGUUCAAAGCGUCAGCGAGGACGGAAGUUCUGGUCAUUUCUGCUUAAAGUUGAAGAAUCAAGAAAACCGGUGA